AACAAUUAGUUGCAAUCCGACUGUUGACUCCUCAUCAAAGACGAAAAAAAGAGUUCUAUAUUCAACAUGAAAUUCGCUGUGUGUUUGAUUUUUGCCUUUUUGGCUGUUUACUCAGUUAGUACGUCGACUGUAACCACUAACGUUUGGGGCACAGUCACCAACCGUACAUUGGGUUCUAAGAGUAUUGUGGUCACUUCUUCCAUGUUGCAAGUCAAAGAGACUACUUUCACUUACCCACAGGGUCAAUCGAAUUACACCAUCCACGGAAUUAAGCAAAUGGACUACAAGUCAUAUCCAUCCACUACCACGUUCUUGAAAGGAGGAAUUGGACAACGUAAUGUUACGAUUAAACUUACGUCACAACGCGGCCAUGGACUCAAUUCUACAUUCAUUUUCUACACUUUGUAAAUUUCUUUAUGUUCAAACAAACUGUCAAAUUAAUAGUUUAAAUGUAUCAACACCCAUCAUUUGCUACUUUGGAUCGAAAGAUUUUUCAUGA